ACAGGAAGCAGCGGGGAUGCAGAAUAUGACAGAAGCUCACGAUAGGACGCAACACCGGAAGUUUUUCCUGCAUUCAUUCAAUGUCAUUUCUUUAUGCGCUUCACGUCUGUGAGCGUUUAUAACAGCUUUAUGAAGCCGUGUUUCCCAUCAGGAUGAAGCAGGAAUAUCGGGAUCUGAUCCUCCAGGCCACGUCGGCGGAGCGUCUGCGUGUCGGCUGUGAGAUCCAGACUCUGUGGAGCGGUUACGGUCGGAUCGUGCGAGUUCACCUGGAGGGCUGCGAGCGUUCCUCAGUCGUCGUCAAACACGUCAUGUUUCCUAAAGAGUCCCGGGACGCUGACGUGUCUCACCGCCGCAAGGUCCGGUCCUAUCAGGUGGAGACGCACUGGUACAAAAACUACAGCUCUAACGAGCGCUGCCGUAUCCCAGCAUGCCUUGCGGCGCAGUCGUUCGGCGAGGAGCAGCUGAUGGUGCUGGAGGAUCUGGACGCCGCCGGCUUCCCGGGCAGGAGGACGAGCGUGAGGGACGGCGAGAUUAAAGCCUGUCUGCGCUGGCUCGCUAACUUCCACGGGCUUUUCCUCGGAGUCCCUGCGCGCGGCCUGUGGCCCGUCGGAACGUACUGGCACUUAGAGACGCGUCCCGAUGAGCUGGAGGCCAUGACGGACCUGAAGCUGAAAGCAGCCGCUCCGGAGAUCGACGCCGUCCUGAACAGCUGCCGCUUCAAAACCAUCUUACACGGAGACGCCAAACUGGCCAACUUCUGCUUCUCUAAAGACGGCUCCCGCGUGGCCGCCGUCGACUUCCAGUACGUGGGCGGCGGCUGCGGCAUGAAGGACGUCAUCUACCUCCUGGGGAGCUGCCUGGAUGAGCGCGAGUGCGAGAAAAGAGCUCCUGAUUAUCUGGACUUUUAUUUUUCCGAGCUGAAAGGCGCAGUGCCGGAGAAGGAGAAGAAGAACUUCUCCGAGCUGGAGGACGAGUGGAGACGCAUGUUCGCCUUCGCGUGGACCGAUUUUCACCGCUUCCUCCUUGGCUGGAUGCCCGGACACCACAAGAUCAACCGCUACAGCAAGCGGCUCACACAGGAAGUGCUGAAGAGACUGACAGAGAGAUCAGACGGAGCGAAACACUGACUCCAGUCAGACUCGCACAAGACUCGCAUCAGACUCGCGUCAGACUCGCAUUAGACUCACUUCAGACUCGCACAAGACUCGCAUCAGACUCACAUUAGACUCACAUCAGACUCGUACCAGACUCGCAUCAGACUCACAUUAGACUCGCAUCAGACUCACAUCAGACUCACAUCAGACUCACAUUAGACUCACAUCAAACUCGCAUUAGACUCACUUCAGACUCGCAUCAGACUCACAUUAGACUCGCAUCAGACUCACAUCAGACUCGCAUCAGACUCACAUCAGACUCGCAUCAGACUCGCGUCAGACUUGCAUUAGACUCACUUCAGACUAACAUCAGACUCGCAUUAGACUCACUUCAGACUCGCACAAGACUCGCAUCAGACUAACAUCAGACUCGCAUUAGACUCACUUCAGACUCGCAUUAGACUCACAUCAGACUCACAUCAGACUCGCAUCAGACCUAACAUCUCAUCACUUAUCAAACGCUGUUAUUACACGGUGCGUUCUGAUUGGCUGAGAGUCAGGGUGAGGGGCGUGGUCUACACUGAUCUGUUAGGAAGCCUUUACUCCAAACGGCUCCUUGAUAAUAAACACGUUAUUACAUUAUAAACACAUUAUUAUAUAAUAAACACGUUAUUAAACAGAGCGACUGAGGGACUUUUCACGUCUGUAGAUAAACAAUGCUGCUGUAGGUCACGUUUGAGUUUGUGGCGUAUUAAUAUUAUUUUUUAUAUUUAAUAAUAAUAAUAAUAAUAAUAAUUAAAGGAGUACAGCAGCGAGCUCUCAGACUCGGCUCUGUGUGUUCGCUCGUCUGUAACUCGGCUCAGUCCGUUCCUGUGUACACGAGCAGGAGUGUGUGUGUGUGUAUGUGUGUGUGUGUGUGUGUGUGUGUGUGUGUGUGUGUGUGUGAUGUUGAAGUGCACUGAUGACAGAUCGGGACUCUUCAGCGUUCUCCAUCAGCGUGGCUUCUCUUCUGCCUCUCAUGGUUUCUUCCUCGUCUCGUCUCGUCUCGUCUCAGUGAGAUGUUUUUCUCAGUGAGAUGUUUUUCUCGUCUCUGGACUGAGAUCUGCAGCCGCUUUCCUGUAAAGCUGCUUCGUGAUGAUGUCUGAUGUGUGUCGCUUCAGGCACUAAAGGAAUAAACUGGAAUAGAGCUGCUGUUUCACACACCGUCAUCUCUGUGUCCCUGAGGCUCUGUGUAAAGCUCCGUCAGCUCGGGGUUUUACAGGAGCUCACGUCCAGACAAAGCUGAAAUUCAGAGAGCGUCAUUUCUCACACAGCCGCUAAAUUCUAAAUAAAUAAUAAAGAUUUUCAUUUUAUUAAAGAGGAAAGUGAGUCAGUGUUUAUUCACUAAUGCGCAGAAACUUUAACCUGAUAACAAAUCAGAAUUAAAAUAACUUCACCGGUUCACACGUCCUCACCGUGUCACCGCAGGAGCCCUGUGUGUGUGAGUGUGUGUGUGUGUGUGUGUGUGUGUGUGUGUGAGUGUGUGUGUGUGUUUGUGUGUGUGUGAGUGUAACGUGAGAGUGAAACGGGAUUAAACGUCCUGCAGUGUGCAAUAAAGCUGUUAAGAGUCUAAGCUCACCUCUAACCCAAUGUUCCACACGGGAAAAACACAAAUCUACUACAUAAUACAGCACACACACACACACACACACACACACACACACACACACAUUUCUGACGCACACUCACACCUCCAGAUUGUGGAAAACUUUUGAGUCAGCAGCACAAAAUAUUGAACCUGAGCUCACACACAACAUGAUACGACCUACAAGCACAUUAUAUUAUUAUAAUUGCUCUAUUUUUAUUCUAAUUUUUACACUUUUAUUUUAAAAUGUUACAUGUUUCUGUCACUUCUGUUAUUUAUUUCAUUAUUAUUAUUGGUUUAUUUCAAUAUUUUUUUUUGACAAUCUUUUGUUUUUUAUUUCUGUUUUUUUUACGUCACACUGUAAAGCACCAAGCUGCAGUUUAAAUGGAUGAAAAUGGCUAUAAAAUAAAGAUUAUUAUUAUUAUUAUUAUUAUUAUUGUUAUUAUUAUUUAAAUGGUGUGGUGUAAAGAGUGUAUUUGAGACUGAACACUAACAAACACCAGAGUUUGGACUGAAUUCAGACAUUUAAAAUUUACAAUAAAAACUAAAGGAUAACGGACAAAAACAUCCUAAAGGAUUAUUUGGUUUGUCCCAGUGACAGAACCCUAAAGUUCUCUGUAGAACCCUGUAGAACCCUGCAGCAGUGUUUCCUCUGCACAGGGUUUCACACAGAACCGUGUGUGUGUGUGUGUGUGUGUGUAAAAGGAUCUUCAGCAUCAGCACUGCAUGAAGUCUUCCUUCAUCCUUCUCUUCAUUCCUGUGAUCCUCUCCACACGCACACAGUGCCAUAAAUCUGGGAAUAAUAUAACGUGAUCUGUGAAAAAUAUUUAUCAUGGAUCCUUUUUCUCUUUUAAAGGAAAAAUUAAAAACGGUCAUAAUAACCUCC